AUGUUGGCAAAGCGCUACCAGAAUUUGUUCGCCGGUUGCUCAGAGAUCCUUUCUGACAAGGAGAAGCAAUCAAGACUGGCCUGGCUCCUCACCGACUGCUUCCAGAAGGACUCAGGGAGGCCAACAUUGCCUUCCUGUAAUUCUGGUGGUCAAAUGCUUACAUGUCUCAAGAAACUAGAUGAUGCUGAGCAUAAGGUUUAUCUCGAGUUUCUUGAGACAAACUCUAUCUGCCACCAAUGUACAGUUAACGCAUUCAAGCAUGAUACAGAGAGAUUGGUCAAUGGGUUGGCCAAGUCAGCUAGAUUUGCAGAGACUCAAUAUAUUAAAACAGAACGAAUGGCUCAAACAUCAAGGGAGAUUGACUCCAAGAUUCAGGAUGUUUUGAAGCACUCGGAAGCUAUUUUUGAGCAGUCAAGAGGAAUAUCAGCUUCUCAGUCGGAGGAUGGCUUUGGUGCGAGAAAUCAUAUAGAGAGUUUGGGUGAUGGAAUUGACAAAGUAAGGGGUAAAACAGUUGAGAUUGAAAAGGAGAUAGUGGAAAUCGGAGUCUCGAUGUCUUCAAAGAUGAAAGAUCUUCAAAGCACCGCUAAUGAUAUUGGUAAUGUUGCUGGUAUGUCCUUGGACAGACAAAGGCAGCUUCUCGAUGGACAAGCGACAGCCCUUCAAGGUCUUGAUUUCCUUACAAAAUUUCAAUCUCAAGCUCUUCAAGAAAGCAGGGAUGCCUUACAAAAAUUAGCUGAGUUUGGAGAGAAGCAACAAGCAGAACUUCUUAAGAAACAAGAACAAAUUCAGCACGCUCAUGAUCGUCUAAUCCAAAAUUCACAAUCAAUAUUGUCUGCUCAGGAGGAGUUUGAAAAGAAACAAGCUAAUGUUUUUGCUGCUCUCGAGAAGCUCUUCACAUUACAUAACACCUUCUUAGCAGAAUCUCGCUUCAUUAAAUCAUUUCUUUUUUAUUCUUGUGUGAUAUUUCUUCUUUACAUGCUUACAAGCACAAAGCAGACAUUCAGCAUUAGAGCACGCCUUUAUAUAGGACUCUGCAUAACAUUCGUGCUAGAACUUGUGAUAAUUCGACUGAGUGACGGUGAUUUACUCCAACAAACUUGGAUAACAUCACAAGUCUUUGUUGCUAGAUCCUCGUUUCUUGCAGUUGCCUCUAUCCAGCUCAUAUAUGCAAUCUUCACUUACAGAGAUUAUGAAGUAUUGAACCAUCAAUUGUUACAGAAAUUAAUUGAUAAGGUUAACAUCAUGGAGUUAAACUCAGGCAGGAAGUUAUUGUCUGUGAGUAUUGAAACUGAUAGCUGCAGCAGCAAUUUGAGCCAAUAUUCAUGGAUUGACAAGGAGUUGCUUGAAGAUGUUGAUAGUAAAAUGGAUCCUAAUUAUAUUUUUCCAGAGGAAGUCUCUGAAAAUUCCAUUACCACUUCGAUUACAAGAAAGUAUGAUCUCCGGCCACGAAGACGGUUACCCAAAUUAUACUCUUGACAUUUUAAAUAUUUUUAAAAAAUUAUUACUAAGAAGAAAAUAUAUAUACCAUA